UGUAAGCAGGUACCUUACAGCACAGAACGUGACCGUAGCUCUACAGAAACAUCUGUCUCUCUGGCUGCAAACCGUCACUAGCCCAGCUUUAUUGGAAGAGAGAAUGACCAGUUUAAUUUCUCUACAUUCAUUGUAACCUUUUGGAUAUAUUCCUUUUCAAUUCAUUUUUUUUUUAAAACCCUUAUGAUUUCUCUCUAAAUGAUUCGUUAUAUAAACAAAAUACAAAACACAAAAUAAUUUCCCGCCUGUGACUCAGUAUGCAGAAGUAUCAGAUUUUUAAUUAAAUUCUCCCGUCUCCCCAAAUAGUUCCCUAGGAAUAUAUGAUUGGAAGUACUCGCAUUGUUUUUCCCCUCUCGCUCUGCAGUAUAUUUAAUUUUGCAGUUGUUGGAUGACUUGUGGCUGAGUCACCUUCACUAUGCCCACACAUCUGGCUGCAGUCACCUCUCUGCUUGCGUUGGACCUACUCCUUCUCAGCCCAUCUCUGUCCUCAUCUUUGGAUGGGGUGUUGGUUACCCCUAAGAUGUUAGAUCCAGACUUAAAUGGACGGCACUAUUUCAGAACAGACAAUGAAGAUUCAGGAGUCAUUUUCCUUAUUACAGCUUUUCAAGAGGAUUUCUACCUGAACCUGCGACCCGAUGCCCAGUUUAUAGCCCCGGCGUUUUCGAUGCAUUUUCCUGGCUCGGUUCCUAAACAGGGAACACAUCUGAAACACUGUUUCUACUCUGGAGAUGUCAAUUCUGACCGAGAUUCCUUUGCCGCUCUGAGUCUUUGUGGGGGACUAAGAGGAGCUUUUGGAUACCAAGGAGUGGAAUAUGUCAUCAGCCCUCUAAAAAAUAGUACAUUGAAACAGGUGCAAGGCAUUCUGCAGAGGCCACAUCUUCUGCAGCGCACAAAAAACAAUAGUCCUUCAACAGGUGGCACCUCCCGAUGUGGUGUGGGAUCAGGGUUGAACCAUGGUAUCAUGGAAGCUCUAGAGAGAUACAAAGGCUCCCGCCACAACAAAAGACCAUCAAAUGGGACCAGGACAGGCGGUGGCCAGAGGUCCAGGAGAUUUGCAUCCAUCACAAGGUACGUAGAGACCUUGAUUGUGGCUGAUGAAACAAUGCUCAAAUUUCACGGGGAUGACCUUCAGCUUUACUUGCUCACCUUGAUGGCCACCGCAGCUCGUUUGUACAAACACCCCAGUAUCCAGAACCCCAUUAACAUUGCGGUGGUAAAGUUUAUGGUGCUGACAGAUGACGGUAAGGGACCCAAAGUCACGACCAAUGCAGCCAUGACCCUGAGAAGCUUCUGCAGCUGGCAAAAGAAAUGGAACAAAGUGAGUGACAAGCACCCCGAAUACUGGGACACAGCCAUCCUCUUCACUAAACAGGAUCUCUGCGGUGCCUCCACUUGCGACACUCUGGGGAUGGCCGAUGUGGGUACGAUGUGUGAUCCCAAGCGCAGCUGUUCAGUAAUAGAAGAUGAUGGCCUUCCUUCUGCGUUUACCACAGCACAUGAACUCGGUCAUGUUUUUAACAUGCCCCAUGACAACGUGAAAGCCUGUGAGGAGGUAUUCGGGAAGCUGAAGGAAAAUCACAUGAUGUCACCAACCCUGAUACAGAUCGAUCGAACCAAUCCGUGGUCCGGCUGCAGUGCCGCCAUCAUAACCGACUUCCUGGAUAAUGGAUACGGUGAGUGUCUUCUGGACGAACCGGCAAAGCCAAUCACCUUACCUGAGGAGCUCCCUGGUGUGCGCUACACUCUCAGCCGGCAGUGCGAACUGGCAUUUGGCCUGGGUUCCAAACCUUGCCCAUACAUGCAAUACUGCUCCAAGCUCUGGUGCACGGGCAGGGCACGGGGGCAACUGGUGUGCCAGACCCGUCAUUUCCCCUGGGCAGAUGGCACCAGCUGUGGUGAAGGAAGGUUUUGUUUGAGUGGAACUUGCGUAGAAAAGCACAAUAUUAAUCGCUAUAAGAUGGAUGGUGGUUGGGGAAAAUGGAGUCCGUACGGCCAGUGUUCCCGGACAUGUGGUGGAGGCGUUCAGUUAGCUAAACGAGAGUGUAACAAUCCUGAACCUUCCCACGGGGGAUCAUUUUGUGAAGGCGUGCGAGUCAAGUAUAGAUCCUGUUCAUUGGAUCCCUGUCCUGACAUUGGUAAAAGUUUUCGUGAAGAGCAAUGUGAAACUUUCAAUGGUUUCAACCAAAGUACUAAUCGAUUAACGACGACUGUAGGGUGGGUUCCGAAAUAUUCAGGAGUGUCACCAAGGGAUAAAUGCAAGCUGAUCUGUCGAGCCAAUGGCACAGGGUACUUCUAUGUGUUGGCUCCCAAGGUUGUCGAUGGAACUCCAUGUACCCCAGACUCCACGUCGGUCUGUGUGCAGGGAAAAUGCAUCAAGGCUGGCUGCGACGGACAACUUGGCUCUAAGAAGAAGUUUGAUAAAUGUCGAGUUUGCGGAGGAGACAAUAAGAGCUGCAAGAAGGUCUCUGGCCUCUUCACCAAACCCAUACAUGGCUAUAACUUUGUGGUGACCGUCCCGGCUGGUGCCAGUAAUGUGGAUGUACGUCAGCGGGGGUAUAAAGGAUUGAUAAAUGAUGACAAUUAUCUCGCAGUAAAGAAUGGCCAGAGUCGUUAUCUGUUGAACGGAAAUUACAUUGUAUCGGCGGUGGAGCGUGAUAUCCCUAUUAAAGGGAGCCUGCUGAAAUACAGUGGUACGGGUACUGCAGUGGAAGUAUUACAGGCUACCAAUGUCAUUCAGGAGCCACUCACAAUAGAAGUGUUAUGUGUCGGUAAAAUGACUCCUCCGCGGUUGAGAUAUUCCUUUUAUAUCCCCAGGGAAAAAAGAGAUGGGAAAGUCGGACAGUCAAUAAGCAAUAGCUUGGAAGGUCUACCCCCUCCUUCUCAAAGAGUCAAACCUCAGUCACAAUGGACAUCAGGUAACUGGGGUCUCUGCUCAGUUACAUGCGGCAAUGGCCAACAGACCAGAUCAGUUGAGUGCCGUGACCCUUGGGAACAACUUGCAUCUGAUUGCCUGGCAGCUCUGCGGCCAACGGACAUGAGAAUGUGUGGUGACCCAUGUCCAAUGUGGGAGGCUGGGGCAUGGACACCCUGCUCCAAAAGCUGUGGUCGAGGGUUUAAAAGACGGCAACUGAGAUGUAGCGCAGGUGGAGGGGUAACCUUACCCAGAGAGCAUUGUCACUUGAAGAGGAAGCCUCAGGAAUUGGACUUUUGCAAUCUUCAUCGAUGCUGACUCCUUUGAAAGGAGACAAAAGGCAGCUUAAUUAAACUGUGGUGCUCAGUAGGAGAGGUGUUCGUCACCCAGAUUUCAGCACUGAAUUAACGUGCAAUGGAGAAGUGACACAAUUAAAAGGUUUAGAUUUGACGUCGCUCCAUGUACUGUGACCAAAGAAACACAUUUUGCAUUUUUAACUCCAAAGCAGAAGGAUAAUUGUAAACAAGUGAGGGAAAAUGUAGAUGAAGACCAGGCUAUCGCUUUGCACUUCUUACUAGUGUGUUUUGUUACUACAAUUGUUUUUUUAACGUUGAUGCUGGACAAUCCCGCAUUGUAAAUAUCUUAUACUAAGGUCUAUAUAUCUGAGACUUUCCUAGAGUUUAAAAUAAAAACUCUGGGGAGGUUGUAAUGAUCCACAUGGUUUUGUGAAGAAUUUACCCGAUAUAGGGACCGGUACCGGUACCAUUGUUUUGUCAACACUUUUGUGCACAUGGAAUCAGCCAAAUUAUCUCAGGUAUAUGUUAAUGAUCCAGUCCAGUCUCAAAAUCUUAGAGACACUUCAAAGUUCUAGGUGUCCUUACAUCUUUAAUUGAAAAGUAGAAGUACUAUUACUCUCUUAUUAUCCAAUUUUAAUUUACUGAAAAAUGUUUGAAACGAUACAAUGGUAAAGAUAGAACAUAAUAUGAGUCAUUUUGUAAAAAAAAUAUACGACUUAACUAAGUGCGCAGUGUAGAGAAGCAAUACUAGCUCGCCGUCUGAAAAUAUUUUGAAAUAAAGUAUAAGAACAAUUAAAUGUAAUAAGGUUGAUGGAGAAAUCCCGAAUUCAACCAAAAAAGACAUAGACCUUCUAUUGUACCCCCCAAAGAAUCAGACCGAUUUGUUGUGUUUGAAACAUGACCCAGCAGAUAAUUCCAGUCUGAUAUGUUGGAAUAGAUAGGAUUAUUGUGUACUUUAUGAUGAUAUGUUCAGCCUAUCAUUAUGUAGCAUAUGUGAAUUAUUAAAUGGAUUAUUACAAAGCUUUAUGGUAAGUGCAGGGAUAUACAAAUCUCCUUCUUAAUCUACCUCCGUGUACCUCAUAAAUAGGAUGAUAGAGAGAAGAGAGAGGCUUUAUUGUGUUUAUACAUGCUGAGAUUAAGACAUUUAAUUUACAUUUAAUUGUGGCACUCAGCAUUAGUAACCCCCAAAUAACUCUCACAUGACUUAAAGGGACAUUAUAGGCACUAUAUCCAUUUAAUCAUAUUGAGUCAUUCAUAGUGCCUGGAGACCCCUGGCUCUGUCCCUUUAAUCAGUGUUAAAUCAUUUUUAGCAGUUUAGCACUAAAUAAGUCCAGGCCCCACUGGAGGUGUGAAUACGGCAGAAAUCAUGCACUUCCUUCUAGUCAUACCAAUUCAUACCAGAAAUUGGAGUUGCGAUAGGCUGAAAGCAGUCAGCUGACACUCUCAGCCAAUCAAAGCCGCACAUUGCUGCUCAGGCCAAUGAUUCCUCUCUUUUUGAAUUAUAACAUUGAAAACAGUUUAACGCUGAAUGGAAGGGUGGUGCUGGAGACGCUAUAAACACGAGAUGAAGCGGUUACAGUGCCUCUUUACUGUAAUUAAAAGGGCUGUGAUAUAAUAUAUCAAUAGUAUUUCAUACAACCUGUCUCAUAUUUGCAUUCCAGCAGAUGGUACAAAGCUUAAUACGUACAGAGCCUUCUUUUUUAAUACAAAUUUGGAGUUUCUUGUUUUAAGGUGCUAAAGUCUAAUCUCCACUUCUGUUACCAUGUCGGGCUAUCGCUGACACAGAGAACUUACCUGUACUGUAGAAAACAUAGCUACAACAUACCUACCAUGCAGCAUCUAAGGAUGCAAGGAGUUAAAAUGUAACCCUUUGAGUUCCAGCCUUGUGACACACUGAACUGUCACGUCUCGGAGUCACCUGUUGGUGCUUUUGUGCUUGUUUGACAUAGUUCAUAGUAAAUGUAUGUUAUAUAUUACACACAUUACUUGCCAUUUCUAGUGAUAGGAAACAUGCACUUUUCUAACGAUAGUUUUAAUUCACUAAUUAGUGAAUUUGACAAAUGUAAAAAAUGUAAGAUUAAUAGCUGUUUUUGUAAACUGUUUUCACAAUGUAGCUAUUUUGUCCUAUAUGUGAUUCAGUUGUCGUACCUCCACAGUUCUGUGUUUAGAUGGUAAGCCCUAUGCAUUUUGUUGUUCAUGUUUUAACACCUUGUGAAUACAACAUGUGAUUUCCACAUGAGAACGAGUAGAUUUUUUUGUAUCAGGUGGAUUUGAAAUCACAAAUCCCCCAUGUAAUGCCACAAAUAUCAAAGACUGAAAUUACUAAAUUUAGCUGCCAUCUCUAGAAGGUUUCUUGGAAUUAUAAGUAAAUAGUAAACAUCACAAAUUGUAAACUUUAAUUUUCCUUUUUUUUUUUCAGAGCUUUUUUCAAAUUUGGCAGAAACUAUUUUUUUCUAUAGUAACGGUUCUAUUAUAUUAUUAAAAAAUGAAAUCUAUUAUAAAGGUUAUUUUCUCAUUAUCCCAAUUUGACGCAUGCCCAAUUCUGGAUCAUUCUACUUUCAUUUUAAGAUAUAGUGAAUAUGGACACCAAAUCCACGACACGGAAAAUGUGACUAACAUUGAAAAAAAAAAGCAGAAAGUGUGUUUAUUCCAUUUCUAUGUUCUUUAGUUUUAUAUUUUAUACAUUUCUUUUGCAUUGUUUGUGAUGUAGCAAAAGGAGUUUUAAAAGCCAAGUUAUGGGCUGUAUGUAUAUAUGUAUGUAUACUGUGUAUACUCUCUGUAGACAUGUGCAAGGAUACAAUAAACUUGUACAAAUCCAAGUCAAAUCUUGGUAUAUGUACUGCAUAGAA